AUGCCCUCGAUCCUCAGCGACGCCGACAGGGAAACUGUCAAGCGAAAUGUUCCGAAACCCGCGAACAAGAUAUUUGCUGUAGCUGUCGCACGACUCUACGUUGCCUAUCCGGACCCUCAGAGAUGGAUUUACACCGGGAUCCAAGGCGCGGCAGUUCUUUGCAAUGACCUUGUGGGUCGAACAUGCUGGCUGAAGAUUGUCGAUGUUUCGCCAGCUGGAAGGGGUGUGAUCUGGGACCAGGAAAUCUAUGACAAUUUUGCAUAUAACCAAGACCGAACCUUCUUCCAUACUUUCGAAAUUGAAGACUGCCCCGCCGGCCUAUCCUUCGCCGACGAAAAGGAAGCGAAGACAUUCAUCAAGAAAGUGCAUGAACGAGAGAAGAAUGUCAGCAAAGAGACCAAACAGACCCCGUUCGCAUCCUCUCGAGGGCAGGGCCCUGCACCUGUUGCCAACGGCAAGGGACUAGGUCGAUCCCUGUUUGGAAGCUUACUUCAUCGCUCGAGCUCUAGCCCCAGUACUCAGCCUACGCAGUCCAUUAUACCCCCGGCCGCGGCACCCCCGUCGCAACCUCCGUCACAGCCUCCGAGUGCGCCGCCUGCCAAGGCCGAGUUGCCAUUUGACCCAAAGGAUCCGGAAUGGAAACCAUUGAUGGAUGAACUGCAAAGCAUGGGCAUCACAGAGGAUCAAAUCGCGGAGAAUUCUGAUUUCAUCAUGGGCUAUAUACAACAAAAGAAAGGCGCAGCCGAAACAGCCGCUCCUGUUGAUGAUCAGCCAAAGCCAAGAGCGCCACCACCACCUCCUCCAGCUGUGCCUAAGGCAAAUGCUAUCAGUCCUCAGGGCACUGGGACCAGUCGCUCGGAUGGAGUCGAGGAGCCGAUAUCUCCGCCGCCUCGAGAACCCUCACCUCCCGCUAGAAGAUUCAAUGCGCCUCCUCCACUCGCCGAUGCAGGCAAAUUUGCUGAGCCAGCAGGCCCAGCGCCGCCGCGGCGCCCCCGGGCACAAUCAGGCGCGGCUAAUGGAGCGCCUCCUGGGCCUCCGCCACCUCCACGACCACCAAAGGACCCCGUGGAUGGCAGCCAGCCUAGAUUUGGAGUGCCUCCUCCAUUCGCAGGAGACCGUAAGGUUUCCGCUCCGCCCGCGCCUCCAAGCCGCAGCCCGGCUCCUGGUGGCCCUCCUCCGCCGCCUCCUCGUACUGCAAGCCCGGCAGCACCUCCUCAAUUACCUCCCAAAGUCCCGAAUACAUCCACUCCUUCGGGUCCUCCUCCACCGCCGCCUUCCAGAGGCCCUAUUUCGCCUCCACCGCCUGCACCUCGACCGGUGCCAUCUACUCCGGCUGCUCCUCCUCCGCCACCUCCACGAGCCCCUAUAUCACCUCCUGCGGACUCUGGCCCACCUGGUGGCCUUCCCCCGCCGCCCCCUGCUCGAUCUACACCUUCAGUUCCUCCACCACCCCCUCCGGCUGUAGCACCUGGCGGACUACCCCCACCGCCGCCGCCGCCUCCCCCUGGAGGAAGCUCUGGUGCGCCUGGAGGACCUCCCCCUCCACCCCCGGGUCGCUCUGGACCUUCAGUUCCACCGCCUCCUCCACCUCCAGCUGGCGGCUCUGGAGCACCCGGUGGACCUCCACCACCACCGCCCCUUGGAGGUUCCUCCGGAGGACCACCUCCACCUCCGGGACCAUCUGGAGGUGCUCCAUCCCCAUUACCGAAGAGCACGGGUGGACGAGAUGAUCUUAUGGCUGCUAUCCGAGCAUCAGGUGGCCAAGGCGGAGGUGGUCUCAAGAAAGUCAAGGAGUCAGACAAGAAAGACCGAAGUGCUGCCAUGGUCCCAGGAAGCGCCGCCGAGUCAUCUGCUGCUGCGUCUAGCACGGGAGGUGCUCAGCAGGGUGGCCUGGCCGGUGCCCUACAGGAUGCUCUGAGCAAGAGAAAGCAGCGGGUCAGCGGAAGUGACGACGAGAAGGAUGAUGAUGACGAUUGGUGA